CUGACCCUGGCGUCCCCUGGUCAGUAGCCCUUUUGUGUAAGUGCCUGGCAGGGGCGACUCCGGGGCUGCUCCGGGCCGCCCGGGUCCUCCCCUCGGGCUCUGUCAGAGGAAGGGGACACCUCUCUGCAGGGGCUCUCUGUCCCCAGUCACAGUGCAGAUGGCAAGCGCAUGGAGCUCCCCUCCACCCAGCCUUCCCUCCCUCCUCCUCCUCCUCCUCCAGCUGUCCUUCAGCUAUGCAGGACAGUUCAGGGUCAUAGGACCCGGCCACCCCAUCCGGGCUCUGGUGGGGGAUGAAGCAGAGCUGCCGUGCCGCAUGCACCCGGGGAAGAACGCCACGGGCAUGGAGGUGGGGUGGUACCGGCCCCCCUUCUCCAGGGUGGUCCAUCUCUACCGCAACGGCCGGGAUCAGGACGCGGAGCAGGCCCCCGAGUACCGGGGGCGGACGGAGCUGCUGAAGGACAACAUGGGCGAGGGCAAGGUGACCCUCAGGAUCCGGAAGGUCAGGUUCUCAGAUGAAGGAGGCUUCACCUGCUUCUUCCGGGACCAUUCCUACCAGGAGGAGGCCGCGAUGGAGCUCAAAGUGGAGGAUCCCUUCUACUGGAUCAACCCCGGGGUGCUGGUCCUGAUGGCUGUCCUCCCCGUGCUCCUCCUGCAGAUCUCGCUGGGCCUCGUCUACCUCUGCCUGCAGCACAGACUGAGAGGAAAACUUCGGGCAGAGAUAGAGAAUCUCCACCGGACUUUCGACCCGCACUUCCUGAGGGUGCCCUGCUGGAAGAUCACCCUGUUCACGCUGGUGCCGGUGCUCGGACCCCUGCUUGCCCUGGUCAUCUGCUACAACUGGCUGCAUCGGAGACUGGCAGGGCAAUUUCUUGAAGAGCUAAGAAACCCCUUCUGAGCUGGACUGGCCCAUGGACCGGCCCUCAGGAUGCGGAUCCCCCAUGUUGAACAC